GAUCCGCUAACAUGUAGAUGCCCGUCUUUUUUGCAUCAAUUUACAUAAUAGUUAUUGCCGAUCACCAGGACGAUAUCGUGGAUAUUGUCGAAGUCAUUUUUAAGUAGAAGGACGACUUACGACGUGUUGUAUUUCAAGCUCUUUUUACAUAUCAUCUUCUUGGUUAGUUCCUAGAAGUUCGUAGUCCUCUUCAAUUUGGUUGCGAAAAUGACUGCCAGUCCGCAAAAAGCGAAGGAGGUUACCAGCACUACUGCUCUGGUCGAGAAGAAGCCAGCUGUUGACGUUGCUGGUGCAACCGCUGAAGAGAAGCCUCUUGUCACUUCUUCUGCAACUGAGGAUGUGAAGAGUGCACCUGCAGCGACUGCGCCAAAAGCCGAGGCAUCAAACAAGGGAGAAAAGCCGAGUAACAAACAAAACGCACCAGUAGUAGUGGUGACCACGACCGCUUCAGCUCCGAUCGUCCGUAAUUUGUUGCCAGCUAUCCCAGCGGAGAAGGAGGACAACUUGAGCUACAAUCUCAGCGACUUGACUGCUUUCGACCUGACACCACUGGAGGAGUUUGCGACCACUAGUACCAAUGGCAAAGUAGCCGCCCAUUUGGGCAAGAAGUUUCAGACUCACUUGCUCUCGCACACGCGCGACAACGUUCAACUGCUAAUGAACAAGGUUUUCACUUCGUUACCCCAGGAAUCUGCAGAAACAGGCACUAUCGGCAUCCUGCGUGGCCACUACGACAGCCCUAAAGUUAAGGCUAAGUACAAUAAAUGCAUCUUCACAGCAGGCAUCCUGAGACCGUUUUUCAGGGGGAAAGCAGGUCCAAGAUGCUGCUGAAGAUGGAUUUCUCCUAGUUCUAAUGAAGACGCCUUUCGCCUGCCGCGACAGAAGCCGUGCCCCAGCAAGAAGGAGAUGACCAGGUGGGAGAAAUUCGCUAAGGAACGUAACAUCCACAAGAGGAAGAAGAGCAAGCUUGUUUUCGACGAAACAACAGGUGGAUGGAGCAGAAGAUACGGGUACGCUGAUCACUCUUCUUGGAAACUAUAACCACUCUUUAGAGCAUAAUGUAAUACUUAACAAGUUGAGACUCUAAUUAUGAGAACAAUCAAACAGAAGUCUAAGUUUUCAUCAAAGAACGCUUAGUCUUCGUAGGUGAUAUUCUUUUUCUUGGAUAGCAUAGGUACCACAAGAACGAUUUUCGAUACCAUGAGCAUGACGUGUAUUAAGGGUAAGUACUUACAAGCAAUCCAUCUUCACUGUCAUCUUGGUCCCGUUUUUAAAGGGAAAAGGAGACCCAAGAUGCUGCUGAAGAUGGAUUGCCAUUGGUUCUAAUGUAAUGCUGAGCUUCCUUCUCCUGAAAAAUAACGUUGUAAACUCCGUGUCCACGACAACUAAAACAGAUACAAGAGCGCCAAGCAGAAUGCAGAGAAGGCCCAGUGGUGUAUUGAGGUGAAGGAGGGCGCCGACGCGACCGAAGACCCAUUUAAGAAGCAAAAGGCAGAAAAAAAACUUGUGGUGGCCAAACAGAAGCUUAGGGAAAUGCGCAAUAAGGUCGAGCAAGCCGGUUUCAAACUCGCACCGGCACAGCUGGAGAAGACAGGUAUUUAUAACUAUACAUCAUACCUAUUAUAAUACUUCUUUAGUACUAGUGGAGGUGAGAAGUAACUUGUGUUUGUACUAUUUCAAUUUCUUUGUUUUUAUGAUGUAAUACAUGCAAUUUCAUUUCAUUCAUCAUUUAUGAUGUGAUACAAUCUUCGAAUUACAUUUUUUUGCUUACAACCAACAACCUGUUCCCAACAAUAAAAAAAUUAUAGUAUAUAAUACUUCUCACACACCUUCCUUUCAAAAAAUUUAAACAGGUGACACCAAAGUUGGCGCGAACUCGAAACGUGGCAAGGAGGGCUUGUCCGAGGCUCUGAAGCGUGCGCAGGUAAGUUCCGGAUCGAGGGGGAAGUUUGAUAAGCGAAAAAAGGGGGAAGAGCUUGUGAAGAAACGAGGUGGAAAGAAAAAGCUCGUAGGGGGAAACGAUAAAAAAACCGAACGCGAUGCAGUAUUGAAGACAUUCGACAAGGUUACGGGCCCCGGUCGUGACAUCAUCUCCAGUAAAAAGGGAAGCGGCAUGAUGCAAGCAUCGAAGGAGCGCGCAGACAACAAGGGCGUUGUUAAAGGCAACAAAAAGCAAGGCGGAAGCAAGCGACGAUCAAAGGCUGGCGGUCGCAAGAAGUGAGGAGCACUACCACCUAUGAAUAUCACAACUUCGCGUGCUCUUGCUUAAGGCCAGACGGACGUCUGAUGUGCUGUUCACAUUUAGUUACCCUGCUUAUGCUUGUACUUCUCAAAGAAACGGGAAGAUCAUCAUCAUUAUAGGGUGCAAGACCAAGGAAGAACAACUUCAUGGGUAUAAACGCCUCCUUCAACAAACGCACUUUGCAUAAGUAUUAUCAAGAUUGAGCAAGAUUUUUACACGGCUUCAU